GCUCGCCGCCUGCGCCGUCCCUUCCCCUUCCCCUUCUCUCCAACUCCGACCCUUCAGCUCAAAAAACCUCUCUCUCAUGCACCCCCCGCCGCCCCUAAAAGAUCAGUGGUUGUCAAGAGCCAGAGCAGCCUAUCCGACUCAAAUCCUGCCGCCGGUGAUGUUCAAGAGAUGUAUGUGUACGAGAUCAACGAGCGUGAUCGGGGCAGUCCGGCGUAUCUCCGGCUAAGCAACAAGAAGGUCAACUCUCUCGGCGAUCUCGUUCCCUUCACCAACAAGGUCUACUCCGGCGACUUGCAGGUGCGCGUAGGCAUCACCGCAGGGCUAUGCAUUCUGAUCAAGCACGAGGAGGAGAAGGGCGGCGACCGUUACGAGGCCGUUUUCAGUUUCUACUUUGGGGAUUACGGCCACAUCGCCGUUCAGGGGCCCUACCUCACCUACGAUGAGUCUUAUCUCGCCGUCACCGGCGGGUCUGGCAUUUUUGAAGGGGUUACCGGGCAGGUGAAGCUCCGGCAGCUCGUCUAUCCGUUUAAGCUGUUCUACACCUUUUACUUGAAGGGUAUUGAGAAAUUGCCGGCGGAGUUGACCGGGACCCCUGUGCCUCCGUCGCCGUCCGUGGAGCCUUCUCCGGCGGCCAAGGCUUGUGAGCCCGGUGCGACAUUACGUAACUUUACUAAUUAGUUUGUUUCUUAGAGAAAGUGAAUGGUUUAUAUUUCAUGGUGCCAUGCAUUGGUGUUUGAGUUAUUUGCCAACUUUUAAAUUCCAAUGACUAGAAAGUCUGAAUAAUUUA